CAUAGUCACUCCAAGUAUAACCCUGUUUCAUCAACAUCAACUCCCGAAUAAAGGAAUUUAGUAACUCCUAACCAGAGCUCAUAAUCGAGGAAAACAUGAACAAGCUCUUUUCUCGCAAACUUGCAUCAAGGCUUUCGAAUUCCUUCGCCAACUCUCAACAUUGUAAGGAUUGCGCUUCUUUUGCCACACUAGUGAGAACCCAUAACCAAAACCAUCUCUUUGCCUCAUCCCUCACUCGCCCACUUCAGGAUCGCUCGCGUUCAUGGAGUUCACAUCGAAGUUUUGCGGAGAAAAUUCAUGGGUUUUCCUCAGUCGCGGUGGUCGGAAAGAGAUUCAUCUUGAAUCCUUCAAACACCCUUUUUAAGGGGUCAAUUAAGAGUCUAGUAGAAAGCAGUUCGCUCUUUACGGGAACCCCAUUUUCGAAACUGAGAUUUCAGUUGAAACCAGGUUUUGAUCGUCAAUGGGGAGGCAGGCAAUCAUGGUUUCAAAGGCUGACGCCGAAUGAUGUGGUGUUGGGCUUGAUUAUAGCUAAUGUUGCUGUUUUCCUCCUCUGGCAGAUUGCUGAUCCUAUCUUUAUGUCAAAAAACUUUACUAUCUCUAUAGAAAAUGUUAGAAGCGGCCGCAUACAUACUUUGAUUACAUCAGCCUUCAGUCAUAAAGAAAUUGGCCAUAUAGUAUCCAACAUGAUUGGACUAUACUUCUUUGGGAUGAACAUUGGUAGGGUAUUUGGUCCUGAGUUUUUGUUAAAAUUGUAUCUGGCUGGAGCAAUUGGUGGGUCAGCAUUUUACUUGGCGCAUAAUCUGUUUCAAGCAUCGUCCUCAAAGAGCCGACCAUUUUGGGGAAAGGACCCAGUACGAGCACAAGGAUUGGGCGCGAGCGGAGCGGUAAAUGCUAUCAUGCUGCUUGAUAUAUUCCUCUUCCCAAAGUCGACCCUCUAUCUCGAAUUCUUUAUACCUGUUCCUGCCAUCUUACUGGGCAUUUUUCUCAUUGGAAAAGACAUGUUGAGGAUACUAGAGAAUGACAGCCAAAUUUCAGGAUCUGCGCACCUGGGGGGUGCUGCAGUUGCAGCCUUAGCCUGGGCCCGAGUUCGCCGAGGACGUUUCUGAAUAUUGGAAGAACUUUAACUGUGUUUGAUGCAGCAAUGCUCAUCAUCAACUUCUUUCCCAAUCCUCUCACUCUACAUUAUCUUCUUUCUAAUGUAUAGAAUCUGAAAGAUUUUUCAAAUUGGUUUAAUACAUUUGAUUUAACUUAGGAUAGUUAAUAUAUGUCACACUGCCUAAUGCCAAUCCAUUGGAGCCAAUUUGCAGAUCAGAAGCUCAUUCACAACUGGAAUUAAAUUUUGGCCUGAAUAAAAAACGAUUGUGUUAUUUUCUUAA